AUGCUGCAGACCAGAUUGUUCCAUGCAUGCGCGGCGCUGGCGCGGGCGGCGAGCCGGCCUGUGCCGAAGCCGACGAGCGAGAUUCCCGACGUCAGCACGUUCCUGGCGAAGAUAGGGCGGCAGUGCUCUGAGCACGCAGAGCUAUACGAGAACAAGUGGGAGAACCUAUUCAUGUGGGACGGGCCUAAGCUCAAGGAGAAGGGCGUGCCAGUACAGCAGCGGCGCUACAUUCUGCAGCAGGUGGAGCGGCUGCGGCAGGGCGGGCCGGUGCGCGAGAUCCGCGAGGGAAAGAAGUCGUUCUUCGGCGGGGAACGCAAGCGGAAGGAGAAGGUUGCCAAGUGGCGGGCAGAGCAGCGUCACGCUGCGUAA